AUGGGCGUAGCAUUGCGUUGUUAUGUGAGGUUCUUUAUGCAGAAGAUUAUGGGAUGGGAUGAUUGGUUGAUGGUCUUGAGUUUGGGUAUCUAUACCAUGUAUACCAGUUUUGUAUUAGCAAGUCUACAUUAUGGUGCCGGGAGACAUGAGUUAGAUCUGGACGAAAGCAAUUUUCUAUGGGCACUCCGAUACUGGUAUUUCUGCGAAUGUGCCUAUGUUCUCAACAUGGCCACAAUAAAAGUUUCCAUCGCCCUCUUCUACCUCCGCAUCAUCGUUUCUCCCUGGCAACGUCUCGCCGUGAAAUCUAUUAUGUGGAUAGCGAUCUCCUUCGGAUUUGGUAUAUUUUGGUGUGCGGCUGUACAAUGCUGGCCUAUUUCUUUCAUCUGGGAACAAUAUGCUACGACUUCUCCUGUAUAUCUUACUGAGAGGACUGGAAGUUGUGUGCCGAAGGAGAUUGCGGUAGGCGCAUCGUAUGUGUAUAGUAUCAUCAGCGCGGGGAUUGAUUGGGCGUUGGCGUUGUUGCCUAUUGUUAUGUUGUGGGAUGUUCGGAUACCAACUGGAGUAAAAGUCAUUGUUGGGGGAGUUGUAGCGUGUGGUGUUCUUGCCAGCACAGCAACUUUAAUCCGCAUUAGUACCAUAGCAAUACUCGGAGACAUGCAAGAUUUCCUCUUCCGCAGCGUCUUCCUAGCUAUCUGGUCAUAUAUCGAACCCGGAAUCGCCAUCUUUGCCUCCUGUCUCGCUACUCUUCGCCCACUCCUCCGUAGACUAUUUCCCAAUCAUUUUCAAAAUGUAGCGGUCCACGAGCAACCCGAGUUACAAAUACCCGUCAAUUUAGCCGGAAAGAAACCAGAUAUCGAUUUAGGAAAUAAUUUCAAAACAAAAAGCGAAGAGAGUUCUGGAUCAACAUUAGGGGAAAGUUCAAAGACGAUUGAAACAUAUCUAGAGUCGAGAAGUAGAAACAAGGAUGAGGGGGAAAUAGAUACACCAACGUCAUUCUACGACGGAGCUUCUGAUAGUAGUUCGAGAUCGGAGGGGGAAAAUGAUAACGUGGAGAACUCUUCACAUCCACUUUUUGGACCUUCUACACGUCUCUCAACAUUGGUUUUCACGCCAACAACACUCUCGCCUACGAUUAUUACGCCGUCAACUCUGUCACCGUCGCAUGUUGCGUUUUCUAUGCGGGAGAGUCAAUAUAUUCGGAAUUCAAAGGAGGUUAUACCUUUGUCACCUGUUUGA